CCACUCGUUAAAACAAGAUAUAAAUAACCCACCAGGGGUAUUAUAUAAAGGCCGAUGUUUUUGCAGAUAAUCUCAUCUAACGCUGUGUCUCAUCUAACGCUGGGAAAGUCUUGGUUGCAUCUUUUACUUGUGACAGGCCAAUCUUUACCUUUUGAGGUAACUGCAAUAGUUUUUCCUUUGUUACUUAAGAAAGAGACGGUUAAAUCUUUAAUUUUGCGAUCGAACGGCCACUCGGUUUACUUCCUCUUUAAUUUCUCUUACCACUGGGAUAUUUUCUUGAGUUAACAAACACUUGGGACCUUGCAUCUGGUGAGAAUAUCAUCGCUUAUUCAAUCCUUUCUGAACACAAUUGAAAUCGAUAUUCGGAGAACAUGCCUGUACAGUAGGUACAACUUUGUUAGGAAUGUUCAUACCUCAUCUCAAAUCUCUUGCACUAUUUAUGCAUGUGCAAGUUCGUGGGCAUUAGUCAUAAGUGAAGUUUGUCUCCUUCUUGAGCUUUUUUUUUGGUCAUUUUAGAACAGUUACUGCGAUCGAUUUUUCUCCUCCGAUCCUCAGAAGAUUGAUCGAUUCGAAACAAAGAUACUUUCGUUAUGCGUGAGCCAAAUUGAACAUCCGCCGAACGUGCAUUGAAUGGUGCGUUCGUCCGAAAAGUUGAGUCGGUUAUUUUGAAUCCUAUAGAUAAUGAGACGCCUUGUGCACCGAUAAAUUUAAAGCAGGAACGACUGUGGACUUUUUUCAGCAGACGGUAUUGUUUUCAGACUGCCUAAAUUACUCCAAGGUAAAUCAUUAACUACUAUUACGCAUAACUGGCCACGCGCACUAAGAUAUGUUCACGAGGAAAUGCGAGGCUCUUGGACAAAGUAACAGCGUUUCAAUCCAGAGUUUAAAGGAGGGCGCUUGGAACAAUAAAACUAAUUUUACAAAAAAGGUACCAAAGAAAAACCGGAAACGGCUAUGACGCGAGUAUAAGUACGAACCGAUGGCCGGAGGAAAAAUUAUGGAGGACUUUUACGCAACACUUGGUAACAUGAAGACUUGACCUUUGUUGAAUGCGAGGAUAUCUUUGGUUUGUAAGAAGUAUCCGGAGGCUUUGAUUUGAAAUGAACAGAAAAUAUUGUGUAAAUCACUGAUAAGAAAAUUGCUGCUCCAACAUGAAGGGGUGGAUUCUUAGCGGGAAUAUAGAGGAAGACUUCCUGUGCUUACGUAAAUGAUAUAUCUCGAGGUAGAGUCACAACAAAGAAGUCGCUUGCCUUUAAUACAAAGUCCGACAUCUAUCAUAACAGCCGGUAUCCAUGGUUACUCAUUAAACAUCUGUCACAUUCAUGACGUCACCUCGUAACAGUCAGCUGACCUUUAUACUUAUUCGCCACUCCCUAAAAAUGAUAUAAAUACGGCAAUCCUCUCACCUGGAGUAAUGUAUAUCAAGAUAGAUCUGCAAACGUAUAAGGAGUGAUAUAACGCUGGGAAAGUCGUGUUUGCAUCCCUUACUUGUGACGGGCGAAUUUUCCCCUUUUCAGGUAACCAUUAUAGUUUUUCUCUUUUCUCAUAAGAAAGAGUAGGCUAAAACUUUCACUUUGUUAUUUAAUAUCGUCUUAGUCAACUUCCGCUUUCACUUGCCUCUAAGUCAUUUUCUUGAGUUAACAAAAAUUCGCAACCUUGCAUUUGACGAGAAUAUUAUCACCUAUUGAAUCCUUUUUAAACAAAAAUCAGCAAUUUACAUAAAAUGUUGGCCUAAACGGUAGGUGCGAGUUUGGUAAGAAUUUUCACGCAUAAUAUCACCUUUUACCGCAAGAAGCCUUCACAAAUAAAGAAGUUAAUAGAACUAAUAAGAGAUAAAAAGGAUAAAGUGGAUCUGUGAAUGUGUCGAUAGUGUCAGCGUUGGCAUUUAUAAUGAGUUGUGAACUAGGAAGUUGUUCUGUUGUCACAGAAUUGAAGGAUUUUGAUUCUUGUUGGUCCGUAACGCAGUUGUCUUUUGUCACGUGUUGACCUUUGUUCGUUAUAUCGGGAUAUAUUAUACGUUUGGGCUUCUGUUUUGUGUUAGCUGUAACGAGGAUUUCUUUAUAUCGAGGUUCUUUCCCCAUACAUUUUACGGUAACUUUGGCCGGGCUAAAGAGUAUCGUUCGUUUUACAGAGGACUUCGUUAUAGAGAGGUUCAUUAAAUCGAGGUUCUACUGUAUUACAAAGUAGAGUCAUAACACAAUAGUCACGUGCCUUUUCGUUGAAGGCGAAGAUAUUUUUAGUUUGUAAUAAGUUUCCCCAAGAGCUAACAUGUCAAUUAAAGUUGUCAUUUUGCAACCAAGAAUGCAAUAAGAUUUUAAAUGCGGAAGCUUAAUCGGAUGUCCAUCCAGCGGACAAAAUCGUGUAUUUCGGCCGAUUUGUUAUGGCAGUUUAUCGAUCCUAGAAAAUUGAUAGCCUCCAGAUCGGCGAAAUUCAAAAAGCACGUUUUCUAAGAAUUUUCCUUCGAACUAUGAAGUUUGAUCAUUUCAGUGUGUUUAAGGUAUGCCAAGUUAUUGUUAUCUACGGACACACGUAGAUGACAACUGGACAAAACAUGUCCACGCAUGGAAACACGGGCGGGUUCUAACAAAGCAUUUUUUCUAAGCUUUAUUUUCAUUUCGAUUUUGGGGUUUUAAAAGAGGGCAGGACUAAUUAAAAACAUCGCUCACGUUAAUUUUAAAAGUUUUUAAAGCGAAAAAUUUACAACCAUGUGAUACAGUGCAUUGUAGUACAUGAAAUGUUUCUGAGACAGAUCACCUUACUUUAGUUUCGUAUUCGUUAAAUAUCAAGUUUUUUCUCUUUUUGUUGGCUAUUUGCACAGGAAAGAGAGUCAGCUGCAUCUCCUAAUGAUAAAGGGUGAAGAAGUGUUUUAAAGCGGUUAUGUACUUGUAUUUACCUUUUCUAGACCCUUUAAAUUUCAAAGAAAGCCAUUUUCUUCUUUGUCAAGAGUGACUAAGAAUGUGAUUUUUAAUCAGCUAGCAAUGAUGAAGAAUGUCUUCAUUAAAGAAAGUUGCCAGUUUUUCACAUGGCUCAAUUUACGUGAAUUCUCAAACAAAUUUUCUUGUACUGAGAGUUCUUAGGGCCAUUUCCUGUUCAGUAUGGAUAUCAAGCAAUUUUCAUGGGUUCUUAAUCAUAUGUAUGGGCAACUGAAAAAUUUGAUAAACUUUUAGUAGAUGCUAGAACCAAUGUAUGCAGUUAUUUGACAACUCUCUCUCUUGCAUUCCAUAUCAUACAUAAUUAUGGAUGUCAUUAGAUGUUGGAUUUUUUCGUUAUUCUUCUUAUGGGAAUAAAUCAUGAUGCUCGUUUACUUAAUGAUUGCUUUUUAUUUACAUGGUCAGCUAUGGAACAGUUGGAAGGUGGUGCCAUUCCCAAGAAUAGAAGAAAUGCCAAAAUUUCUAAAAACGUCCAAAUCCUAAAGAAAAAUGAUUUUCAUGAUGCUAAUGGCGGCAUAUGCAUGUCAACACAAAGUGAAAUGUCGAAGAUCAAAAGAUCUGAUCACCUAAAACAGUUCAAGAGAAAUGUGGAAUUUGAUGCAGACAUGUCAGAUGACAUGGUAAAGGAACAUCUCGAGGCAACAUUUCCCUCCUUGAGAGGCAGGAGGUAAGGAAACUUUCAAAUUAUUCAAGUAAUGAACCUAGUGAGAUACACGAUGUAUAAUUUUUAAUCAUCAGCCAUUGCAUUCAGCUUUCAAGUAAAAUUGGCUGAAUUAUUUAAACCAAUGAAAUGUGGAUCCGUCCUUUGGAAUUUGGCUAGAGUGAGGUAACAGAACACAAAUAAUCAGAUAUGAAAAAUGAAAGUGAUAAACAAAAAAUCAAAGACUCAGUUAAUAGUAAUUUCAAUUCCUUUUUUAGAUUUUCUUGUGCAGCUGUUGUUCGAAUUGACAGGGAUCGCUCAAAAUUUGAGCAUUACGGAAAUCCUCGUGUUUGGGAUUCCAAUUUUAUUAGGACCAAGAUAAAAGGAAACUCGACCCUUUACUUAUUGGAGGUAAUUGUCUUCACAACACCUGCAUCCAAGAGAUUUCUGUUAACAGUAGGCAUACUUGAUUUCAAACUAGAUUAUUUGACAUAGUUGCAUGAUUGUACGUACUAUUUUGGAACAUAUUAUUUUAGAACAUCUUUAUUUGUGUGACAUUUCAGUUUAGUCUAGCUUUAACUAUGGAAGCAUGAUGUUACGCAGAGGAAGUUUCUAAAAGGGAUUCAAAAUAGGCUGUGUGAUCUGCUCGACCAGAGUGAGUAACACAGAAAAGUGCUCUUGUUGUUGUCCGCGACUGACGUCCUGACAACAUGAACAGAAGUAUCAUCAGAUAAAGUCAGGAAUUUUUGGUCAGUCGAGCAUUUAUAAAUCUGCUUCUUACGAAAAACUGAUCGACCACAUUUACCGUUAUGUUAUUGGCUGCAAAAUUCAAAUAGCCUACGUCAUCGAAAUGCCAAAACGUCAUGUGAAGUUAUGUACACCCUGCUGGUUUAAAAUGAUAAACUAUCAGUAACAUAUAUGUGUUUGAAACAGUUUUUUCUCCAUUUUUAUUUAGACUUUAGAUUCAGAAAGAGGGGCUGUGACUGGCCUUUGUCCAGGUAACGCCAACGUGAUAGGAAGUUCCUCAUGAUUAUCCAAUGUUUAGCGUUACCCUUAGUUUGAUAUUCAUUUCUUACGGGCUAAGCGCAUGAAUCUUGAGUAAAGAAUUGGUCCAUGCUUAGUGCGUGUAUAUCGAGUCAUGGAUGCGCGCGGGAAGUUUGGAGAGCACGAAAGAAGCGUAAGAGCUGGUUUUAAAAUUCUGAAAUUGUACGGUUUUAAAAUUAAAAUCAUCUGUUGAACAAUAUACUUUUAGGAUGUAUGAACACUUAAAAAUAAUAGCGGAGCUCGCAAAGCGUAGACUCAUAAUUAUACAAAAUAGUAGUAACCCAUCAAGCCAAAAAAAUUUGGGCGUGCGACCGUACGACCGACCGUGCAAGGUGCUACUUUUAACAUGCUUGGUCAAUUGUACCGCGGGCACGCCAACGCCAUGGCUUCGUUCAGUAGUCCAGUGGUCAGUGCACUGGGCUCUGAGUCGGACGACCUGGGUUCUAGUCCUGGCCGGGGCAAGGUGAGACGUGCGGGAAAAUAAAAUGCGAGCUUCGCUUUUAGCCUUGGCUAAUCUAUAUAUUAUCAAAUGUUCGAAAAACGAAUCGAAAAACUUACAAGUUAAUUACAUUUACGAAACCCGUGUGGUAGAUUUACUCGCUUGAAUUCUUGUUUACUAGAAUUAACGACUAGAGAAUUGCGUACCUUUGGGUUGAAAAUUCUUAAAAUUGUACGAUUUCGAAACAUUGAACAACACUUUUAGGACGUAUAAACAAUUCAAAAUAAUAUUUACCUUUAAAUGACGGUUACCCAGCGUCGCAAAGCCUCAGUUAAGGUCAGAAAACUUAGUUUUGUUUGCAGCCAUAACUCGUAUGGCGUUUGGGAAUGAAGUAUCGUCAGCUACAAAACUAAUUUCGUCGCUUGAAAGAACUGCAUGCACAUUGUUUUCGUAACAAGUAUUAUUUAGGAUGUUUUAUUUUCAAUGUGAGCUCCAAAAGGUCUAUCUCAAUCGAGAUAGCGGCUAAACUCAACGGGAACUUCAGCCGAAGCGAAAUUCCACCCGACAUAUGAUGGAUGCACGCCUUGCAGUACAUAGGGAUUUUUACGAUGGUAGCUCCUUAGCCUAAGGAGCUACCAUCGCAGGUAGGCCUUGUGCGCGCUAUGUUACAAUAGUUAAUACCAUCUCUUUUCAUUUAGGUUGUGAUGUUGCCAAUGUUGAUGGUGCCAUUAGUGACGAACAGCAGGUAAGAUGAACAUCUUUCACGCAUCUCAAACGCAGAUCGAGUUGCUGGUAAAAUAUGACAUCUAAUUUUUAAACCGCCUGGGUGAAUGUUCAACUGUUAAGACUUUUUAUGAUAUGAACCGUACAGCCGUCCUUAUCAAGAUUGAGUCCCGCGACAGCAAAGAGCGGGAAAAUCUCUUAAAUUAUUGAAAAUUAUUUUUCCAUUAGGAACGGGCUUUGGUGUUCGUUACCGUCGUGAAAGGGUGGCAGUUGAAUGUAGCCUAUAAGAGCAAAUGUCCGUUCAGUCCUCCGAGACAAAAAAGGAGGCUUUUAGAGAGAAGAGACCUUAAAGGAAAUUGACUAUGUAUGUGCCUAAAACUUCUCAGUGGUGUCCGUUUCAGUUUAAAAUGAAAAGGCUUUUUCCUCUCUUUAGCAACUCAUGAUUUCCAAGUGAAAAUGUUUUAUUCGGCAGAUGCUAAAUGACUCCACAAGCGGAAUCUCAGAAAGUGAUCACGUGGUUUCAGAAGGUUAGCUCUCCACCUUACAUAAUUUACAUUGAGUAAUCUGACAACAGUAAAAGCUUCCUCACUCUGAGGUAAUUUCUUGGUAUUUUUCUGUGUAUCUCGUUCUGCAUGUGGUUGUGCACAGUGACCCACAAUAAGUGCACUGCGCUAAAAGUUUGCCUGUCAUUGAAAACCAUUUGCAAUAAAGUUCGAAUAUAACGCGCACUGUCAUAGGUUGAAAGAGCUGUUCUAUCAGAUUAUAAAAGCCAGAGCUGAGCCGAAGCUGUCACGCCAUCUCCCAAUUUGUACUAUCCGACCAUUUCCUGAACUUCUCUCUAACUCUUUUUUCGUUAAUUGAAAGUGAAAUUUCCGAACAAACAAGCCGUCAAAUAGCAACAAAAGAACCAAACAAGGGUUUGUAAACAUGCCAAGCGCCGUAAUUGACGUUAUUGUAACGUGGGCAGAGACGAAAAUCCUCAAAGAGAAACGAAAUGGACAGUGCGAGUUUGAAGGUUUGUAAGCUUACAUUCGGUGACAAGAAUCAAACACACCCAACACUCAUAUAGUGUAUAUAGUUUCGUGUUCAAAACAAAACAUAAAAAAAGGAAUGAUGGAAAAUAUAGCGAAACCGGCAUAACUUUUAAAAUCCAUACAAACAAUGACGGUGUCAGAGCGACUGUGAUCAUGCUGAGGUCCAUCGCGGCUAGCUCAUCAUGGCGAUCUCCGGUCAUCGCAAUGAAGCAAGCCUCAGAAAUUACAUUGUUCGCUUUCGAAUACACAACUCUGAUAUCCUUUCCGAUGCGUUGAGUGGAAGGCCACAUCAGUCACAGCAGCCGAAUUUUACGGCGCUGUCAUCCCGAGCAAUCUACAUGUUCCUAUGAAUUCGGCUGUCGUUCAUUUAUAAAACACACGCCUUUAGCAGUUUGUCUUUCUACUUUUCAUGCAUAAAAACUUGUGGGUUUUUUUGUAAGCCACAAUGUGGCCGAAUUUUACUGAAAAUUUCCCUUUCAUAUAUUGGGUUAAGACUUAAAAAAAAAAGGCUAAAGUUUUAAAUUCGACCUGCCGGACUAUUUCAGUUUGUGAACCAUUGCACAUUGUGAACUUUGAUGGCUUGUCGACUUUGAUGGUUUGACAUUUUUGACAGCUUUGGUCUUAUUCAACCAAUCAGAUAAUUUGAACCAUUCUAACAAAGAUUCUGAUUGGCUUACUGUAGCGUGUUUUAUGAGGGUAUAGAACAUGCUUACGACGCAGUUUUGUUCGCUUCGAAAAUUAAAAUUCGUUUUGACAGAUUCUUUAUUAUAAAACAAAUAAAGACGCCUUGACUGCGCUCUAUUCUGUUGUAAAGCACUAAGGAAACGGCUCGAGGAAAAACACUCGACUACGUCUCAUGUUUCUCCCUACACUUCUUUCGUGCUCUAGCCGCUUCCUACGUGCUUUACAACAGAACAGAGCACACUCAAGGCUUCUUUUUAUGUUAAUUAAGAGCGAAAAAUGGCAGUUUUUACCUUCAACGAAGUCUGUAACCUACCAUUUUUCGUUGCUAGAUUUCGUACUUUUAGUUUUUCUCGUCACGUUAUGCUGUGCAGGUUUUGAAAAAAGGUUUACAAUGGAAAAGUAUUUUUAUUGUUCCUAUCGAUUUGCACAUUAUAUUGAUUUGGUUAUUUCAAGGAUCGAAACCAAAGGCCCGGUCAACGCAAGCAAAAUUUUUAAAGUAACAACAUGCGACAAUGUUGCAUGCAACGUGUUGCACACGUUUGGUCACCCUGUAUUAGAUGUUGCAACAUGUUGGAUGGUGUUGGAUCAGGUCUAGAAAUGGUCAACCUUUUGUUGCAACAUUUUUGGGUGUUGCAAGAUGUUGUGCGCGUUCGGCCAGCUUCUUUAAAUAUCUCAAAACACAAUUUAACAAUGUUGGCAGAUGUUGCGUUGAAAUGUUGCGUGCGUUUUAGCGGGCCUUAAGAUUUCCUUGUUCUUGAAAUGCUUGUCGUGGACCCAUGAAGAAUAUGAUAACGUUGGAGGAGUUAGGCAGAUUCAAUGCGUAACGUGACCCAGUUCUAUCUCCACUUUUUUAUUUUCGCAUAUUUCAAGUCACCUGGUGUAAAUAGCCAAUCAGAGCCGAAGAGUUAAGAAAAUCUUGGUCAAGCUCUAAACCUAAGAGAUCUCUCGAACAAUUCUUUGUAUAAAGUAAAUUUUGUGUUACUGUGAAACUUACGAACUGAACGGGAAUUUGACUAAUUACCUUUUUUUUAUUUUAAAAAUAGACGAUUUUGCGAGUGGGCUACAGAAUCUGGACACCGUGUACCCUUACGACGUCCAAAUUAAUCCUCAACGGAGCCCUCAAGAGGUAAAAAGAUUUUUCCUCUCAUUUUUAAAUGAGAGGAAAAAUAAAAGAAUAAAUGCAAAAUACUUAAUGCAAACACAAAUUAAUAAUAAUUUAAAGCAUUUAUAUUCGAAGUGGUAUUUUACUCUCAACCUUGGUGACACUUCGACUGAGUGAUGAUUUUUUUUUCCAUUCUAACCGGCAGGGAGGAAGUCCUUGCGUCUUUAAGUUCACACCAAAGCCGUCAUCAAACGUUACAUCAGUUUCUGCUACCUUUGACUCUAUAGGAGAAAUUUCACUGACAAAGUUGCCAAAUGAUGUUGAAUACCUAGGCUUAAUACCAGGUUUGAAUCCGGUUUCACGUUACUUUAUGACUUUGUUAUUGCUUUUCGUGCAAACUUGUCGAACGAAAUGGUUAACUUCUAUGUACAAAAAGCGGGAAAGUAGGAUAAGAGCCUAUCAUAAAUGUGUAAUUUAGUAUUAUCAACUGAGUUGAUAACGUAAAUUGGCCACCGUAAAGAGUUUCAAAGCUGGUGUUUCGAGCGUCAGCGCGAAUGACGAAGGGCUAACGCCCGAAAAGUCGGCUUAGAAACUCUUCACAGUGGCCAAUUCACGUUAUCAACUCAGUUGAUGAAACCAAAUUAUCUGGCUCCUUCCAGGUUCGAAUUCUCUUUUAGAGCUUUACCGUCUCCUUUCUGUCUCUCCAGUCUUUUAUAAAGAUCAUUUCAUUAUUUGCUAUUCACCUGUUACUCAUUCGCUAUCUUCCUCGCCCCCAAAAGGGGAUCCUCAGGCUGCUUAAGAAGGGUCUCCAUCCUUCACGCUCUUUCCACACUCUUCCACAUUUAGCUCAAGCAAGAGAAACCCAUUUUCAACGGUUCUUUGUCUCUCGAUCUUCGAUCUGUCAGGCACCGAGAUAAAGGAGAUUUCUCUUACGCAUGACGUAGGCCUCAAUGGUCCGAUGUCAGAUAACAUUCGUCCUUAAGUAGGUUUACUAGCGGGCUUUUUAUGGGGGGAAGUUGCUUGUCCUCUACCUACCAAUCUGACUAAUUGACAAGGAAACUUUAGGAAUGUUUUAGUCUGAACUCUCCCUCAAGAUCCCUCUAACGUGACGUGCUUAAACCUGCGUAGAGUUUGUACAUCAGCCAACAGUCCAGUCUACGUGGCUUUGAUUACCUGGCCACUCAUGAUGAGGUUUAGCCUAGGGGCCAAUCACGAGUCAGAUAAGAUUUCUAUCAUUUCUAUUAUGCAGUAAUUCGUGGCAUGAGGUGUGGCUUUGUGUUCAGCAGAACCAUCUUAGUCUCACCGAGACUAACCAUCUCACCAGAGAAUUAUAUGUCUUUGUGUCGUUUUGUUUUUUAUUUUGCUUUGGCGCUGCAUAGACGGUCGAUCUUUCCGCCCCAUACCGUGGCUGUCUUGGAAAUGACCUUUGUCCGCACAAGAAAUUUGAUAUUGUAAUCGUAAUCUUAUGACCGGUGUGUAGCUGUGAAGGAAAUAUUUGAAUAAGUUGAAGGUCAUUUUACAGCCGAACUUUGUUGAAAUCACUCGUAUUUGAUCCACAAAAUAUAUCACGGGUGUGAAAUAUCAUUAAUUUAUUAUCUCUUUCUUUUCUGCAGCCUCAAAGGAACCGGGUUGGGUUACUAUCACACUUCGUGCCGUUCAGGGUCGAUACAAACCUGUUUUGGGAAGCACAAGAAUAUAUUACGAAAGACCCCCUCGUGAAGAGUUUCUGGAAGAAAUUGUUUUCAACCUUGACAAACAGAAAGAGUUCUAUGAGACGUUCAUUCAUCGAAGAAGUGGAAACUCUGGAAACCGUGAAAGUGGAGACAGUGGUAAUGGAAAUAGUGGAGGUCGAAACAAGGGAGAUGGAAAACAAAUCAGAGGGGCUUUUGGUGAGUUUAUUUGUGUCAAAUGUCACGGAGUUAUAUUAUAUUUUUGGCGCCAAAAUUCAUAGUACCAUUAGGUGCGUAUAGGAGUCCUGCCUCGUGAUAACGUUAACAAAUUUUUUUUAAGUGCAGAUUUUCUGAAGUAAAGAAAAUUUGGUAAAAACCACUAUCGUGAGAGAUACUUCUUUGCCACUUCGAUAUAUGUUGGGUGACGUACUCUACAUCAUAUAUUCUUGACCAGGACACUUAACAAUAUUGAAGAAAAAAAGUUCAAUAGUCAAUAAAAACCGUUCCACAGUUGAAUUGAUUGCAACAACUUUUACAACAUAGACAGAAAUUCCCUUUGGAGAAAUAUACAGCUAUAGAGAAAUAUAUUUAUAUGCGUGCUUUAGAUGUGAGAAAUAAAAUACCAACAUUUGAUGGCGAUUUUGCUAAGAAUUUUACAAAUAUAUCUGCAGAAAUUUCCAUCGAGAUGUCUAAACCAAAAGCAGUGAAUAAUCAUAUUACAUUUUACUAAGUUACCAGUAGAUCUAUGGAAAUUUCCACACACAUAUCUGGAUCGAUUAUAACUAAACAUCUCACAUUUUUCCAUGUUACUGGAAGAUCUAUGGGAAUUUCUGUGCAUAUGUCUGGAUCAAUUAAACAAUUUAAAAAAGCUUUUUUACAAUUUUUGAAACUAAACUAGUUAGCAGCACUCUGCGAACAGUAGUUGUAAAACUUGUUUAUUCUCCAACGCGUUUCGUCUAACUAUCGUAUGCUUCCUCAGAGAGUUUUAGAAGUUAACACUGAACGUCUGUAUUUAUAAGCCAUAGUUAGCGGCCAUUACGGGGGCCAAUGACAAUAAAGGCUUGGCCGGAUCUGCGAACAGGAACAGGCGAAGUUGUGCAAAGUUUGAAAUUUUUAGGCAAGGUGAGAAAAAAAAAUUGGAGACUACGGUUUUAGCUAAAACUGUGGCCCCCCAAAAACUUAUUUACGCAGAUUAGGUGUUGUUACAGUUUUCCUGUAACACACAAUAUACAAUCGAAGUCUGGCAGAAUAUUAUUGAUAACAUUCUUAACACGGGCGUGACUGCAGUUAUGGCCUGAACACAAGACUGAGGAUGACUCACUUCGUCGAUCAUUGUUGCAAGAGAAAGAGAUGAGUCCUUUACUCAAACCCUGGAGGAAUACACUCCGGGAGGGGAGGCCUAUACGAUGUAUGUGGCCUGGAGUAGAAUGUCUGCCAAAGGUGAUUCUUUAUUUGCGAUUUUCAUUUAAUUUUAAAAAUUUCCAGUUUCCGUUUUGUGUUAAGUCUUGAAUUAGGAAUAAAUAACAGGGCUCAGUAUGGCAAGAUACAUUCUUUGAAUGUUUAAAUUUCUUGUAAACAGCUGCGGUUGGACCGACGGAUGUCAUCGAAAACCCUGGUGGAAUGCACUCCGGUAGGGAGGGCGUAUUCGAUACAUUUGACCUGGAGUAGAAUGUCUGCUAAAGGUGACUCUUUAUUUCAUUGAAGUUUGCCAUCCUUGUUGAAUAGGACCAAGGGUCAGUUGAAGUUUUCUGCCCGUGGAGAGGAGCUUGCACUCGAAAGAGUGGUCAAGGUUGUUGUCCAUGUAAAGCAGCAAAUAAGAAUUGUAACACAAACUGUCCUUGUCACUGACGCUCCUGCAGUGAAGUGACUAAACGUCCGGCAGUCCAAUAUUUUUCCAUAUUUCUCUUCGAAAUCCAAAAUAUUUAUACGAAAAUGUUCUACCUUUAUUUACAAUCCUCCAGUGCUUCCAAGCAGCCAAAAAUUUCGAACUAGAUGUUUUUCGCCAACCCUUUAUACAGAGUACAAAGCCAUUCAAGCGCUUGACACUUAAAAACUUUUCAAUGACACGACCGGACACGGUCCUCCAAUAACUUCAUAUUUCUCCUUGAAAUAUACCAAUUUCCCUCGGAAAAUAUUCUACCUUCAUUUACAAUCCUCAAGUGCUUCUAGAAAGUGAAAAAAUUCGAACGUUGUCCGUUUCGCCGACCCUGAACACAGAGUACGAAGAGAUCCAAGCGUGACACGAAAUUUUUCUUCAGACUCUACCGGACACGGUCUUCGAAUAACUAAACGUCCUGCAGUCUGAUAUUUUUCCAUAUUUCUCUUCGAAAAAUACCAAUUUGGAAAAUAUUUUAUCUUUCUUUAGAAUCCUCACGUGCUUCUAGAAAGUAAAAAGAAAAAUCCAACGUUGUCCUUUUCGCCGUUCGUUUUGGAAACUCAUAUACUUAAGGCAAUACACAGUUAUACACAUUAAAUGUCGUGAAGUUCAACAUCUUGCAGUCCUUUAUUUUCUGUGACAUAGUGCGGUUACUGAAUUCCUGAAGGAACUGAGACAUAACUACUAACUUACAGUUACCUCUAGUUAUUAAAACUUUUAGGAAUUUCAAUGGGUAAUAACUAGUUUGUUUUCUUUUUUAUGUGUUUCAGUAAGUUCCUGCCUAAAAACCAUCCAUUCAAAGGAAGUUAAACUUGUUAUCCGCAUAUGAUGACGAGAAGCCUGUUUCUGGUUUUAAGAGGAUCAGGGUCCAAAGAUAACGACGAGUAGAUAAAUUUUUCAGCAAGACGAGAUGUACUGAGUGGAGAUUUGUAAUCACUUCACCGGAAAAAUCGCUUAAGUGAAAGUUUUGAAUACAUACAUACAUCGAUAGGGUUUCGAUGGGAUUAACCGUUAGCCGUGAAAAGGCAGACAGAUUUAGCCGUUAGGCGUAAAGAUUUAAAAACUUUCACCGUUUAUUGUUGAAGAAUUUUUGCGGAAAUGUUUUUGUUUUGAAAGUAGAGGAAGGAAAUUUACUGUUAGCCGUUGCACGAAGAAAAAAAUAUAACUGGUACUAAGCCGUAAAAGCCAUUACCCUAUUGAGACACUCUUAUCAAAGAAAGUUUGAUGCUUCUUUUUGCCCACAGGAACACAAGUAGAGUAUUACAUAGACGCCUCCAUGGACCUCGUUUAACCUAAAAUGUUUGUAAUUAUUUCGUAUACGUGACCGAGCAUUACAUGGAAAUUUCCAUGGACCUAUUUUUGGCAAGAAUGCUUUUUAAUAUUUUGAAUACUUGAAUGACCAUAACCAACGCACUAGCAAUAGAUUCAAGAGAAGUUUAAUUUCCUGACGACUCGACCGAUCUCUUCUAUUUACACGUCAUUGCCAGUGGUUCCUGGAUGGAACGACUAACUGCAAGAUUGGAAAUAACAUAGGAAAUACAAAUAACAAGAAAUAUGUAUAACAUAGGCAAUACUAAUAUCUUAAGAAAUACGGGACAGUUGAUAAAAGGGCUAUCUACCUGACGAUUUUGGAAUACGGCUGACAUAAGGACGUACUCGCGAAUACAUUUCAAUUCUAGCUCACACCCUUUUUAUUAUCAUGAUCCACGCGAAAGUUAAACUUGUAUGGAUAACCGCGCAGACUGGGGCUAGGAGGGGGAUUGGUUUCUACAAUGAUUGUGACAUGGAAAUUUCUAUAAACCCGUUUUGGGAUAGAAUUUCUGACACCUUUUUUUCACAAAAGCCAGUAUUAAACAGAAAAUUCAAUUCAUCCAUUUUAGUCGAGAAGGUUUGCUAUUAUUAUUAUUAUUAUUUUUUUUUUUGUAUGAAAGAGUAUUACAUGCAUUGCUCCAAGUACCGGUUUUGGUCAGAAAUGUUUGAUACUGUUUUAAUUUGUAUGUGUGAAUGAGUAUUACAUGGAAAUUUCCAUGGAACAUUUUGGCGAGAAGCUAUCAUAUUGAAAUCGUAAAAGUAUUACAUGGAAAUUUGCAUGUAACCGUUUAGAUUGUUUAAGAAUGAUUGAUACUGUUUGUAUAGGUGAAUGGGUAUGACAUAUAGAUAUUUCCAUGGAUAUUUCUACGAACCCGUUUUGAUUAAGAAUAUUUGAUACUGUUAUGUCCACGUGAAUAAGUAUCACAUGUACAUGGAAAAUUCCAUGGACCUGCUUUGGCCAAGAGUUUUUGAAACAAUUUUUUUAACGCGUAAAUGAGUGUCAUAUGAAAGUUUCCAUGUACCCGUAUAAUCUUUUCAAUAAUGAUUGAUGUUGUUUUGAAUUCGUGAAAGAAUGUAAUUUGUGGUAAUCCUAGUCAGCAUAAAUUAAUAUUUUGCCAUAUCUCUCCCGUGCCGGGAGAGAUAUGGGAUCGUGGUUUGUGAGUAGACUUCGUUAGUAGGGCAAGGCAUUCCACGGUCAGCCUUCACCGUGUUUAGUUCUUCGUUUUCGUUUUCGUACAAAUUUAGAGCUGUACUUACAUACUACCUUAAGUUACUGUGUAUAAAAUGUCAUUCAUAGGAUGCCCUAAAACCCCAAGGGUGGCACCGCUACCUUGGUUGAGGGUACACGUUCCCCUUCUUUUUCACCUGCUGAUUUUUAGGGGUUUUCGUGUCCGGCUUUUAUGCAUUUACUUUACUUCAAUCGUAAAAGACUUCUGCAAGCACAUCGAUUUGGCGUUAAAUAAACAGUGAUUUGGCCGGCCAACGCGCCCAGACAUCAACUCUUUGUGUGCCCGGUUGAGUAGUGGAGGCAAAAUGUGUUAAGUGGAAAUUUCCAUGGAUCUUUUUGGUGUGGCACUAUUAUGUUGAGAUCGCAAAUACUGCUAACAAGUUUUCUUUCAAAAAUUCAUCAACUUUUCAAUAGCGUAGUUAACCAUUUGAGAGAUACAUGUGCAGCUGUUAGUACAAGUUCUCAUGAUAUUAGUGUGUCGUUCACCACACUAACUGGAAAAGUAGACGCUACCAUCUCAUUUUUUUUCGCUGUUAGACAACAGGUUGACAGAAAACAAUAAAAAUGUUUUGAAAUAAACUGAAAUAAACAUAACUCAUGAUGGUCCAUUGAAUCAUUGAGAUAGUCGAUUGGGCCUUAAGUCUUAGUUCAUGGUCUGCCGAUUGGUGACUAUAACGUUUUUUUGCCUUAACCUAUCAAUUAUACCAUAGCAAAGUUUGACUUUUUUCCAGAUUUCUUGCUUCAGAAAAUCUGUACUUAAGAAAUUACGUGUUGUUUUUUACGUGAAAUGUUUCAGAAUCCUCACAGCCAUCCCAUGUGUUGAGCAUCCUAAUUUAUGCAGCCGCAAAAUUUGGUGCUAAGGAGUUCAUGGAAAUCAUCUACAAUUCCUCUGCUGGAGGACUGGUAUUUAAUUCUUACAAGGACAACGCAACUUUGCCAGAGUCUGUUGCGAGGGAUUUUGGUAACGAAGAGAUUGCAAAUUACCUUGAAGAAAUAACAAAGAGGUAAAGUUUUUUAAAGUGCAGUAGAAGAAGCGGUAACUACAAUGCAUCUGCCUUUCUUUGGUCUUUUUCAACUCGGUCUAUUAUUCGCAGCGUGGUCAGCUGAGAGGUUUCUUAGUUUCAAACUGCUAUUCACCUAUUUCUGCACCAUGAUCACCACGAUCAGUAAGUAAAAGCUCUAUGGAAAAAAAUGACAAAGAGGCAAAGAGUAGACACCUAAUGCUCAACUGCACCUUGCGCACAAGUGCAACAAUUGUUAACCCCGAGGUUGCUUUAUCAAAAUAGGUGCCAGAUAUCACAAUCCAAUUAUGGUAAUCAAACUCCUUAUUUUGUGAAAAAUCUCUACAGUAUUGAGUAUCUUUGAAGUCUCACUGUUGUAAGUAAAGGAAAAUGAUCGUUGACGUGAGCUCAUUGCGAUUUGCACCUUUUGUAUUGCUCCCUGAGCAGAUUCUCUCAAGAGAUCCAGAAUGGUAAACAGUUUAGUGAGACGGUGGAUUGGUCAGAGCUCGUGAAAGCUACUGAGGAAGCCCAAACGAAGAUGAGUAAGUAAAAGGGUAUACCAUUGAGUCCACCAAGUAAUAUUUGAUACUAAACUUGAAAUGACGCAAAAACUUUAUUACUUGAAGUUUCUUUUUUACAUCGUUCUUAAUUCAUUGACCACGUAUUUUUACCCCAAUUACAAACAGAUCAGGAUACUGACAAAAAACACGUCAUUCGGGUGGAGAGUGGCUAUUCGGCGGAUGUUGAGUCAUUAUCUAGUGCAUCAUCUAGUGCAUCAUCUGACCAGGAGCACUCUGAUUGUGAUGGUAACAUUCCAACCAUGUAUUACAAGACCGCUUAUUAAAAAGAAGUUUAACCAUUAUUUGGCAAACCACGUUCUAAUUAAAGUUUACGAUAGCCAAGCGUUCUAUCUAAACGUUGAUUUCUGUGAGCAGGUAUUUCUGUUUAAAUAACCGGGCUGUAACGUUUGGUAAUCUCAAAAAUUUAGAAAAAAUUCUUUAUACUGAAAUAAAGAAUACUUUGGCAAUUACCUUCGGAAAUUAACAACUUUAUAUGGACAAAUGUCUAAGCAUAUAGUUUGUUGAGUUUGAAGAGCCACAAGUAUUAUGGAAAAACAUUGAAGACAAUUUGUAAGUUACACCAUAAACUAAAUCAAUUGUAAAAGCUGUUGCAAAAUAAAAGAAAAAAACUUAUAAGGAUCCAAACAGUUAGUUAAACAGACUAGUUUCUAAUGUAAUUAUACUAUAUUUUUGAACAAUUUUUGAUCGGCUCUUUUUCAUCUUCCUCUCUAGUUCCUUCCUCAAUCGAUAACUUGGAAUGUGGUGAAGAUAAAAACGAGAAGGAAAAUGUCAUCUCAAUGGGAAGCAGUGGAGAAGCCUUUGCGUCAUUCACAGCAAAGUCAAGGCGAACUAAAGAUGGUUCUAGAGAUUCUGUUGUAGGCAAAAUUGACAAAGGUAUAUCCCAAUACAAUUGCCGUUUCUGCGGCGAUUAGAAAAAGAACUUGUUCUUCAUUAUAAUUAUAAAAGAGAUUAACAAUUUCCGAGUUCAAAGAGCUCCUCUGUAAAAUCCUAACGUGAACAUGAAUAUCUGUGCAUAACCUUUGAUUUAUCCUGCUAAGCAUUAUUGACAAACGUAUAAGCAUACAGUUUGUUGAGUUUGGAGAGCCAGAAGUAUUAUGUGAAAACAUCGAAGACAAUUUGAAAGUCCCAUCGUAGACUAAUUCCAUUGUAAAAGCUGUUGCAAAAAAAAAAAAAAAACUUAUAAGGAUCCAAACAGUUGGUUAAACAGACUAGUUUCUAAUGUAAUUAGACUAUAUCUUUUAUCAAUUUUUGAUGGAUUUUUUUUUUCAUCCUUCUCUCUGGUUCCUCCAUCAAUCGAUAACUUGGAAUGUGAAGAUGAAAUCGAGAAGGAAAGUGUCAUCUCAAAGGGAAGCAGUGGAGAAACCUUUACGUCAUUCACAGCAAUGUCAAGACGAACCAAAGGUAGCGCUAAAGGUUCCGUUGUAGGCAAGAUUGACGAAGGUACAUACCAGUAUAAUUGUCGUUUCAGUCCGCAGGGAGCAGAAAAAGAACUUGUUCUUCAUUAUGAUCAUAAAAGAGAUUUACAAUUUCCAAGUUCAAAGAGCUCCUCUGUAAAAUCCCAACGUGAACAUGAAUAUCUUUGCGUAAGCUUUAAUUAAUCCUACUACUUGUUACAUUAAACAGUGUAUAGGACGUAUUUUGCUUUGCUUCUGCCUUGAAGUCAUGCAUUGUGGUGAAUCGUAGCUGCUCUAACAAUGAUAUGGGUAAGUUGUUCCUAAAGACUCUUUUUUACAUUACAAUAGCCGACUCGGAUGUCAAUGCGUCAUGGGACUAUUUUGAGGUAAUUGUCGUGAGUGUGUUAUGUUCUGUUUGCUUAAAGCUAAAAAGCUGCAUUUUUUCCGAACAGUUUAAGUUAAAAAUUCAUAUUUCCUAAAAAAGAAAACUCAAAUGUGAAUUUUACUUAUUUAAGGGGACUUGAAAGUCGACCGACUUGUCGAGAUAUUUUGAGAAAGGCAUGUUAAAACAUCUGUAACCACUGAAGGAUCGUUAAAAAAUUUAAUGACGAGGCCUUUGUUCUUCAGCAGCUAUCUGGGUUUGAAGAGCAAAUGUUUCUUGUUGGACUUUUUGUUUAGACACAAACGACUGAUUUUUUUUGCAAUUUCUGACAUUAUUCAAACCGACAUUAUUCGACACAAACAAGUGUUUUCUACAUCUAUUUUAAGCGUUGUCUCUGGUCAAGAAUAAUAAGUCGUUGUAUUAUGUCCGAUUGGAAUGCUUUUCAGUGCCCCCUGUGGCUUGAAUUCGGAUGAUGAUUUGGUAGUAGAGAAGAUGUGUUGGUCUAGUAUCUGCUUCUAGAAAAAUGCGAGUAAUACACACGAAAAUGCAAUGCAAGGAAAUACCAACGAAAAUGCAAAUGCAAGAAAGACAAACAAAAUUGAAAAUGCAAACGCAAGAAAUAAAGCAUUUUCAUGUGCUUUCACUAGCGUUUGCGUUGGCUUUUCACACUUCUGAAACGUGGUAAUGCAAAGCAAAAUCAAUGCAAAAAACUAAGGUUCCAUCUCACCACUGCACAGUUCAAACAAGACGGCCUCGACGUCUUGUUUCACAAUAAAGCUUGCCCAGAAAUUUAAAGUAAAAGUAGAGACGAGUCUUGGUUAGAAAGCUGUGGCCAGAGAAGUAAGCAUUAAAGACGGUAUGCUGUACGUAAGAAUGAAAACAUAUACAGGAAAAACAUAGAUGCAAUAAAAAAAAAGCCUUGAACCAUUACAUAAAUAGUAUAAGCGAACGUUUUCUCCUUAGAAUUCUGUAAAGGAAAGCUACAAAGAUAAAACUUAGAGCAGUGAACUCUGCGAGAAAAAAACAUAAACUAUCUUUGGCAUUGGAAAAAUACUUCCUCCUCUCUUCCUCCUCAACGCUUACGUAUCUCACUUUCCUUUUGUUUGCGUUGGACGUGUGAACAUCGAUUGCAUUUGUAUUUGCGUUUCAUAUGCAUCGCACGAGUGAACCAGGCUUCACCUCUUACGAUCAAUUUUGCAGGAAACCAACAAACGUAGGCGACCAGUUUUUCCAUUGCGAGCAAAGCUAAUCAGAUAAUUUCAUCUGUAAAUCGAUCAGUGAUUAAAUGAACAACAUGGACAACAUGAACAAACUUCUUUCGCUUCUACUUUUUUUUUCAGACAAAAUACGACAUAUCAAACGCCAUUUUAAACCGAAGAAAUAGAUCGAUUACGUUCAUCCCCGAGAAUGGAAAAGAACCAAAUAGGAAACAAUCAGAAGAAGUCGCACAAAGUUUGUAUGAAAUUAGUCAUAAUUUUGAGCAACGUUUGGCGACCAACAAUAAACACUGGAUGCUAGGUUUCGCAGCAGUAGCAGCAGUAGCAGCCACAGCAAACGGAGCAGGAGGUGCAGCGGCUCUAGGUGCAGGAGCUUUCGCGCUUGGAGUUGUAAGCAUUGUUGAAGUUUUCAAAUCUCUCUACCAGGAAUACAGUAGGUCCGAAAGACCUAUGGAAACAGAUGACUGAAAGGAAUUUACAUCAUUGCCACCUCGCAGAACAAAAGCUGGGUGUCCCCCUCAUUGACAUUUUUGCAAGGAAACCAAAAUUCAAGGAAAAGCAACGCGAAUUCCUGGAAUAAAGGACAACUGGAAUUUAUGAUUGAAGACCUCAUUAAAAUCGAGAAAUCUGAGGAGGUGAACAUUCUUAAAGAGGCAAAUGAAAUCGACGAAUUGGCUUCAGUGUCAGGCAGUGAUCCAUGGAACUCGAAAUUCUGACUUCUGUUAGGGGAAAAUUUAGUGAAUUCCCGUGUGUUUUGGAACUUUUUUAUUCACUCGUUUUUUCAAAAUUUUAGUUCUCAUUUCGUACGAGCACUUUCAUUGUAAUGUUUUAAAAAGAUAAAAGCCCACAGUAAGAUCUUCCAACUACCAAUCAGUACAUAUCGCUCUGUUCUCGCCGCCUUUCAGUACUUUUGUGAUCUCGUUAAAGCGGACAUUGUUAAAUAAAUAUUCCUGGCAGCGACCUUUUGUGGUGAAUUAAUUCUCAGGGAAGUUACCAGCUGAACGUGCGUCCGUAAAUUAGUUCCCUUCAUUAGAUAAUUUUCCUCGUUGCCACUUUUUCAAACUGUAACAUCGUAUAGGUAAGCAGAAAUUUUUAAUUGACUUCUCACUUUUACUUGUUAAGAUAUGAUUUAAAGUUGUGAAUUCGAUCUCCGUUCUCUUAGUUGGAAUCGAUAACUUCAAAGAGACAUUUUCCGCUUCUUUUCUGAUACUAUUCAAAUAUUGUAGAUUUAGAGAACAAUAGAAGCAUGCUCUCGAUAGUACUUAAGGAAGUAUCUUGUAAAGUUUUACCGAUUACAUUGAUCACUGUAUAGCGAUUACAUAGUUGAGUGUGCUAGAGAUCAUAUCGGUUGUCAGCAUUAACUAGAAUAAAGUUGUUGUGGAACCAUCCUUGACGUCCGUAUCAAGUUCACUUGAAGCAGAUAUCCAUGUACCAAGAAAUCGUGAUGAGUU